AUGGCAAGCACAACGUCUUCAAAGGAAUUUCUCCAGGUAAUUCAGAACCGUCGUACCAUCUACGAGCUUUCCAAAAAGCCUAUUCUCGCGGAUGAUGCUCUUGUUCAAUAUAUCCGCCAACUUGUGAAGGAGGCCCCUUCGUCUUUUAAUGUCCAAAGCAGCCGUGUCGUGGUGCUUUUGGGUGACCAGCACAGCAAGUACUGGAACGAGAUCGUGCCGCGUGCUGUUUCUGCCUCCGUUAGUGAUGAAGCCCUCGAGACGAUGCGCCCCAAGUUGCAGAACUUUGCUAAGGCCUACGGCACAAUUCUGUUCUUUGAGGACGAAAAGCUGAUUAAGACUCAGCAAGAGCAAUUCCCUAUGUUCGCAUCCGGUUUCCCAACCUGGUCGCUUCAUGCCUCAGGUAUGGCCCAGAUCUAUACUUGGAGUGGUCUCGAAGCUGUUGGCUACGGUGCUAACCUUCAGCAUUACGGAAACCUUACAGGCGAGAUGCUCAAAAAGGAAUACAGUCUUCCUGAGUCGUACCAGAUCCAGAGUGAGAUGGUAUUUGGCUAUCCAGAAGGUCUGGCUCAGGAGAAGGCAUACAACCCCGACCAUGAGCGUGUGAUUGCUUAUGGACACAGCGCCUGA